CUUAUGAAGUGUCUCCCGUGCCUUCUCUCUCUCUCUCUCUCUCUUUGCUCUCCGUGGAAGCAAAACUCGAUGCACUCUCCGUGUUUCUGCAUCAGAAUCGAGAGGAACGGUUUUCCAAGGCCUGAACGAAGAGAGAAACCAGGAGUUCAACGGAUUGAAUCACUGGUUUCCACAGGGACAAAAGAUCUUGAAUAAAAGUAAGAAACCAACCACGGAGUCUCUAGUUUCUGCGGUUUUCAGAAAGAAAACUGGCGAUCCAUUUUUGUCUCCAAGAUAGUGAGUUCUACAUAAGAAGAUGUCUAGUUUUGAGGGUGUUCUUGUUUCUGAUCAAUUGCUUCAGAGCCAAUUCACACAGGUUGAACUUCGCAGCCUCAAAUCAAAAUUUCUUUCACUAAAGAAUCAGAAUGGUAAAGUUACAAUAGGAGAUUUGCCUUCUUCAAUGGUGAAACUGAAAGCUUUUGGUGACAUGUUGAAGGAAGAGGAUAUUAGGGAAAUACUGAGCAAGAUCAGUUCUGAUAUGGAUAAUGAGUUUGAUUUUGAAGGCUUCCUCAGGACAUAUUUGUAUCUGCAGUCUCAAGCAACAGAAAAAUUGGGUUGUCAAAAGAACUCAUCAUCAUUCCUUAAGGCUACCACGACUACUCUUCUUCACACUGUUAGUGAAUCAGAGAAAGCAUUUUAUGUUGUGCAUAUCAAUAGCUAUCUGAGGGAAGACCCAUUUCUGAAGCAAUUUCUUCCUAUAGAUCCAGCUACAAAUGCACUAUUUAACCUUGCAAAAGAUGGAGUUCUUCUAUGUAAGCUUAUCAACAUUGCUGUACCGGGCACAAUUGAUGAACGAGCUAUAAACAUCAAAACAAUACUCAACCCUUGGGAAAGGAAUGAAAAUCAUACCCUUUGUCUCAACUCAGCAAAGGCUAUUGGCUGCACAGUGGUUAACAUUGGCAACCAGGAUCUGGUUGAAGGAAGACCACAUUUGGUUCUUGGGUUGACUAGUCAAAUUAUUAAGAUCCAACUGUUGGCAGAUCUCAGCCUCAGGAAGUCACCACAGCUUGUAGAAUUGGUGGAAGACAACAAUGAUAUUGAAGAGCUUAUGGGAUUAACCCCUGAAAGGGUCUUGUUAAAGUGGAUGAAUUUUAAUCUUAAGAAAGCGGGCUACAAGAAAACUGUUACAAAUUUCUCUUCUGAUUUAAAGGAUGGAGAAGCUUAUGCAUAUCUGCUUAAUGUUCUUGCACCUGAACAUUGCGGUCCAGCCACUUUAGAUGCCAAGGAUCCUGAAAAAAGGGCUAACUUGGUACUUGAGCAUGCAGAGAAAAUGAACUGCAAAUGUUACAUAACCUCAAAGGACAUAGUUGAAGGCUCUCCAAAUCUGAAUCUUGCAUUUGUUGCACAAAUAUUCCAUCAGAGGAAUGGCCUCUCUACAGACAACAAAAAAUUUUCUUUUGCAAAUAUGAUGACAGAUGAUGAGCAAUUUUCUAGGGAUGAAAGAUGCUUUCGACUAUGGAUCAAUAGUCUUGGAAUUGCUACUUAUGUUAAUAACUUGUUUGAGGAUGUCAGAAAUGGAUGGAUACUCUUGGAAGUGCUGGACAAAAUUUCUCCAGGAUCUGUUAACUGGAAACAGACAACUAAACCUCCUAUUAAAAUGCCAUUUAGAAAAGUGGAGAACUGCAACCAAGUUAUUAGGAUCGCAAAGCACUUAAAGUUUUCCCUUGUGAAUGUUUCAGGAAAUGAUAUCGUACAAGGGAAUAAGAAGCUCAUCUGUGCUUUCCUAUGGCAGUUGCUACGGUUGAAUAUCCUUCAACUCCUGAAGAACCUGAGGUCGUGUUCCCAAGGGAAGGAGAUUACUGACUCUCAUAUCAUGAAUUGGGCAAACAAAAAAGUCAAGAGCACAGGCAGAAAUUCUCAUAUGGAGAGUUUUAAGGAUAAGAACCUUUCAAGUGGAUUAUUCUUCCUUGAACUUCUCAGUGCGGUUGAGCCAAGGGUAGUGAAUUGGAAUCUUGUAACCAAGGGUGAAAGUGAUGAGGAGAAGAGAUUGAACGCAACAUACAUAAUCAGUGUUGCACGAAAGCUUGGAUGUUCCAUUUUCUUGUUACCUGAGGACAUAGUUCAGGUAAAUCAGAAGAUGAUCCUCACUCUUAUAGCCAGCAUCAUGUAUUGGAGCCUUCAGCAACUUGGGGAAGAGCCCGAGUCAUCUCCAUCAUCUACCACUGCUGCUACUCCUCCUAGUGCAUCUCCAGCACCAUCCACCAACAGCGAAGACGAAAGUUCACUGGCCGGUGAUAUCUCGAGCUUGACAAUUUAUGAAAGUUCACUGGGUGGCGAUGUCUCAAGCUUGACAAUCGAUGACACGGCGUCUGAUACUACAAUCUCCUCACAGUUGGAAAAUGAGGAUCCCACUAUCGCCUGAUGCUGGAGUCCCCUUAUGGGUAAAAAACGAGGUUAAUCCUGCCACCGCGGAUGCUCGAGUCACGGCAAGCAAGGAACUCUUGUCAAAGAAUGAACUGCAACUUGCACACAUUUUGCACGAAAAUGGGAGAGGCAAAAGGAGGUGGAGAAGGGACACUGCUGUUGGCUGGGAAGGUGCAGAUGGAUUGGAUUUUGCAUGUGGUCUUUUCCAAGCAAAGAAAAAUGCACGGCCAUGGAGUAUACUGCUUGAUCCAAAAGCUGCUUUUGUAUAGGCUUUAAGUUCUAUUCCUUCCACGGUAAUGAUCUUUUCUUUCCCUCUUUCUUUCUUCUCUGUUUAGACUUGUUCUAUCCACGUGGAUGGGAUUUUGUAAAUGGAAUACUUGGUUAUGUAUUUGCUUGAAAACAAUUGCAAUAAAUCAAUGAUGUGUUUGAUU